UUAGUUCACUUCUCAAUUAGCUGAACAGCUGACUUCUUGAUUAACGAUUAAAUGAGCUGAAUUAUUUAUUUCGUAAUUUGUCGGUAAUUCGUAAACUUGCAAUAGCAUAGAGCAAAUAUGUUGAGGCCAAAGCCCUUAGUAAAGUUGAAUGUACCACCUAUAUUCAAAAUUUGUAGGUGCUCGGUAUCAAAUGCAACCGAAUCUAGAGAUAAAAUAGAAGAAAUUCGAGAAAGGCUUGCUAAAGGACCGAAUUUUGAUUUUUUUGUACAAAAUUCAGACUUUCCGAAAGAAGAAUGGUCAGAAUUUGAUGGAAAGUUACGUCGAGAAAAAGGGGAAAAUGAACGAUUGCGUCUACCUCCAUGGCUAAAAACACCUAUACCUGUGGGGAAGAAUUUUGCAAAAAUUAAAGCGCAGUUACGUGAGCUUAAACUAGCUACAGUUUGUGAGGAAGCUCGUUGUCCAAAUAUAGGCGAAUGCUGGGGAGGUGGAGAACAUGGAACGCAAACUGCGACAAUUAUGCUAAUGGGCGAUACAUGUACGCGUGGCUGUAGAUUUUGUUCUGUUAAGACAGCGCGUAAUCCACCACCAUUGGAUCCAUUAGAACCAACAAAUGUUGCAAAGGCUAUAUCAUCAUGGGGACUCGACUACAUAGUUUUGACAUCGGUUGAUAGAGAUGACCUGGAAGACGGAGGAUCAAAUCAUAUCGCCGAAACUGUUAAGGAAAUAAAGAAUAGAAACCCAAACAUAUUUGUGGAAUGUUUAGUUCCCGAUUUCAGAGGUGACCUUAAUUGUGUCGAAAGAAUCGCCAAAUCUCGACUUGACGUAUAUGCCCACAAUAUUGAAACUGUUGAGAAGCUCACUCCAUUUGUUCGGGACAGACGUGCAGAUUAUCGCCAGACUUUAAAAGUUCUGACACAAGCAAAAACAUUUAACGACAAGCUAAUUACCAAAAGUUCAAUCAUGCUAGGGCUCGGUGAGAGCGAUGAAGAAGUGGAACAGACAAUGAAAGAUUUGAGAGGUGCAGAUGUGGACUGUUUGACCCUUGGCCAAUACAUGC